AGACCUGUAAGUAAAUGUUCCUCGAAGUCUUCAGACGGCUCCAGUGAUGCUUUAUAUUCCUCAAGAACUAACAAAUCCAGCGGAUCUAGUUGGUGGCUCAGCACUUUUGCUGCCAACUAUUUUUGCAUAAUUAACCAAAUUUGCUGAAGGACCAGCUCGGGAGUGCGAAAAAAUGGUUUUUAAGUGUCAAGAAGACAGCUUUUUGAGACAGUUUGCAUCAAAAGUAGUGUCGUGUGAACCGGCAACGUUGGAAUGGACGCCGCUUGGAGAAACUAGUGCAAUAAAACUUCAAGGCUUUAAUGUUAUAUGCGAAGAUACAAUUCUUUUUCCUGAAGGUGGCGGACAACCAUGUGAUUACGGUGAGAUCAAUGGUCAAUCGGUGCGUUCUGUAGUGCGAAAAGGCACAGAAGCAGUGCACUUUGUAGAAGGGUACUCAGGAUUUGAAGAAGGUAUAGUUGUGAAACAAUCACUUGAUUGGAGUCGCCGUUUGGAUCAUAUGCAACAACACUCGGGCCAACAUCUUAUAACGGCAUUAUUUGACCGCGAAUUCAAAUACGAUACGGUAUCUUGGUGGUUGGGAUCAGACAGCUCUUAUAUAGAGUUGGAUACAUCACAUUUGAUUAGCCGAGAGUCUCUGGACACUAUUGAGCGUAAGGCAAACGAACUUAUACGCGAGGGCCGGGAAGUCACCGUACUGCUAGUUGAUCCCGAAAUAGCAGUGGAGUUUCAAGAUGCUCGUGCACCACGAGGGUUACCCAAAGAUCAUAUUGGACUGGCUCGUGUAGUACGAAUUGAAGGAAUUGAGAGUAACAUGUGUUGUGGUACUCAUGUUAGCAAUCUAUCUCAGCUGCAAUGUGUAAAAUUGUUAUAUGCCGAAAAAGUUAAAAGCUCAGUGUAUGUACACUUUGUAAUUGGAGAGCGUGUGCUACGAAAGCUUGGUGAAAUCUUUCAGCGGGAGCAGCAAAUGAAUCUAGCGCUAAAGGGUGGUCCAACACAGCAUUUGGAUUUGAUCCAAAAGCUACAGACUAAUUUAAAAUCAUCCGCAAAGGCAUUUCAGAAACUGUUAAAAGACGUUGCGAUUUCCGAAGCUGAGAAAAUAGAGAAUACACCCCAUCCCUACCCAAAAUAUUACUGUCUACAUCGAAAGGACGGUAUUGAACCUGACUUCAUAAAUACGUUUUUACGGAAUGCACCUGAGAAUAUUUUCUACUUCCUCACCGUAUCGGAAAAUACCACCAAUAAUGGUAAAGGUCUCAUGGUACUUAGGGGAGAAAAAGAAGAUGUGCAGAAAUUUGGUCCAUUAUUCCUGGAACUGUUACAAGGCAAAGGGAAUGGUCGCGAAACAAAUUUUCAAGGAAAAUUUAAUAAUGGGAGCAAAAUUCCAGAAUGUAACGCUUUGUUGGAAAAACAUUUUAACGGCAAUAAAGACCCUAAACGAGUAUAAUAAAUAUACACUUUCGGGAUAAAAAUAA